ACACAUAAUUAAGAGUUGACAGAACAAGUAAACAUAACCUCAACAUACAAAUUUGUCAAAAUAUACACGUGUUCUCAUUAUUUUUCAAGAAAAAUGGCAGAAGACGGUGAGGAAAAGCCAAGAAAUUUUCACGAAAUGGAACUAGAUGACCGCAUUUUGAAGGCCAUAGCAAAACUAGGAUGGCAAACUCCUACACUCAUCCAAGAACGUGCAAUCCCCCUUCUUCUCGAAGGCAAAGACGUCCUCGUGAGAGCUCGGACAGGUUCUGGGAAAACAGCAGCAUUUGCUAUCCCUGUCAUCCAGAAAAUUUUGACCAUCAAGCAAACCGCUAAACACCAAGAAAUUAAAGCAUUAAUUCUAGCACCGAGUAGAGAAUUGUGUCACCAGAUGUGUGGAGUUAUUAAAGAGUUAACAAUUAAGUGUUCACGUGAGGUCAGGUGUGUUGAUGUGGCCCCCCCAGUUGAGCUAAGUGUGCAGAAGCCUUUGCUAGUGGAACAGCCUGAUAUCGUCGUGGGGACUCCCACAAGGGUGCUGAAACACAUCAAAGCUGGGUACAUGGAUUUGAAGAAGAGCAUGGAGCUGUUGGUAAUAGACGAAGCGGAUUUAGUUUUUUCUUUUGGUUAUGAAAGUGAAGUGAGGGAGUUGAUGGAGCGUUUGCCAAGUAUUUAUCAGGCCAUUUUGGCCUCAGCUACUUUAAGUGAAGAUGUAAAAAAUUUGAAAAGUUUGGUGUUGCAUAAUCCUGUAAUUUUAAAACUUGAAGAACCUGAAAUUGCCCCUGCAAGCCAACUCAGUCAUUACCAUUUAAUGGCUGAAGAAAUGGACAAAGCAACUAUUUUAUAUGCCCUUUUAAAAUUGCAUUUAAUCAGAGGGAAAAGUAUAAUUUUUGUUAAUACCGUUGACAAGUGUUACAAGAUUAAAUUAUAUUUGGAACAAUUUGGGAUUCCAAUUUGUGUUCUAAAUUCUGAACUUCCGGCAAAAAUAAGGUGUCAUUCAGUGAAUCAAUUCAAUCAGGGCAUUUAUGACACUAUAGUAGCCUCAGAUGAAAAGGCGUUAGAACAACCGGGAAAUCCAAACGAUAAAAACAACUCAGAAUUACAAAAAUCUAAAAGAAAGAAGGACAAAGAAAGUGGUGUUUCUAGAGGAAUUGAUUUCCAGUGUGUUGCAAAUGUUAUCAAUUUUGAUUUUCCACUUGAUGUGCAGUCUUAUGUGCAUAGAGCGGGAAGGACAGCUAGGGGAAACAACCAAGGUAGUGUUUUGUCGUUUGUGAGUAUACGAGAAAAACCUCUGUUGGAAAAAGUCGAAAAUCACUUUAAAAAUGACCAAGAUGAUGUUUCAAUUUUUAAGUCUUACCAAUUCAAAUUAGACGAAAUCGAAUCUUUUAAAUAUAGAGCAAAAGACGCUUGGCGUGCUGUAACAAGAAUUGCGGUGCGUGAAGCAAGGCUGAAGGAAAUCAAACAAGAAAUAUUUAAUUGCCAAAAAUUGAAAAGUUACUUUGAGGACAAUCCAACAGAUCUUCAAGUGUUAAGGCACGAUAAAGCCUUACAUACGGUUAAAAUUCAACAGCAUUUAUCUGAUGUUCCUGAAUAUAUUGUUCCACCGACUUUGAAGGGAAUUGCUGGUUUAGGGAGGAAGAAGAGAAAACGUGAAAAUUAUAGGACAUCGCAAGGGUCGAGUAGUAGGUUUGAGGCCAAGAAAAACAAUCCUUUAUUAAGCAUGGACUUUGAAGGUUUUAACAGUAAGAAAAAAAAGAAGAAGAACAACAACUAAUAAAUAACUCAUUUAUUAAAUUUCUAAUAAAUAAACUUCUUAUUCCAUAAAA